UUGCAGAGUUCGCGAAAAUUGUUGUACAUCACAUUUUUACGGUAUGUGGAAAACAACGGAGUGGUUGGUUUUAGUUUUAGUGAUGAUGGUUGUAACAAUUGGCACAACAGCCAGUGAAGAUCUUACGAUGACGGUUAAGUUUUUGCAAGAACAAGUGGAGGCGCUUUUAAGUCAUCGGCAAGAAGAGUACAAUGCUUUGGAAAGUAGCCUGAAGCGCGCCAUUGAGAAAAACACGGAAUUGAUUGUACUGAAAAAUGAAGUCAAACAGUUGAGGAAGGAAGUGACGCUACUUCGCGGUGGAAGUGGCAACGAAGCGAAGAAUGAAAAGUUAAGGGUACGCUGGUUGGGGAGCGCUGUAACUGAACUACAAGCCGAAGUUGCCGAAGUACUCAGAACGAGAAACGCUAGCGAGGAACUUGCCGAGCGUUCCAGGAUGCGUAGCGAGUUAACUCUUCUUCGUGGUGACGUAGCCGAAGUCGGUCGCGGGAUCCGAAGCCUCGGAGUAAGGAUCACGCGUAUCGAAGCAACCCUGGGCACGAUGCGCGUGGAUAUCGGGACGGUCAAAGAACGAUCCACUCAGAUUUCGCGCUCGUGCGCGGACGUCGUUAGUCAGAUGUCAAGUGUCCAGAUUGAAAUGAAAUCCUUGAAAUGCCGACCUGAGCUAUCUAUGCACUACAAGGAUAACCCAUCUCUCCAGCACAAUAAUAUUUACAACGAGGUCAGAAGACAACACAUCAAUCACCACACGCGCCAUAGUCUUUUACGAGCGUCGUCGAAUCGUUAUAUGGAAGAGCGUCUGAUGAAUCUCGAGCGUAAGAUUUCAAUGGUGUCUCGGAAACGCGGACUCGUUGAGAAACGUGUGAUAUACGAAAAUCAAGAUUAUGUAACCAAGCAUUUAGCCGCCUUAGAAAGCGUUCAGCACAGUUUUUCAAAACAAUUAUUCAACAUAUCACGCGAAGUAACGGCUGUGUCGAAGUUAAGGGAAUCGAUGGUGGAACUGUUCGAAUCUGUCCAAGCAAUCGAAGACAAAGUUGACACCAAUCAACCGGAUAUGAAACGAGAAAUAGCACGAUUGGAUGUGAACGCGGCGAAGAAAGCAGCAGAACUUUCUCUGACGCGUGAGGAACUUGGAAAUUUACGGCGAAUGGUGCAAGCUCUGAGCGUAAGUGCUUCCAAACUGCAAGAGAAGAGCGACCAGCAACAGGAAAUGAUUGGGAACAUAAACGGUACUUUGGCGACCCUCGAUUUGACCCAGUCUUUGGAUACGGCGACGAACAUCACUCACGAACUGGAGCACGUGGAAGACCAAUACAGACUGAUAGUCGAUGCUCUUCCUGGAAACUGCAACGACAGAGAUGGACUAACUCUUUUUGCACCAGGCCCAGGUGCCCCUUUGCUCGCGUCUUGUAAUAAAGGAUGGUUAGUCGUAGCACGACGAAUCGAUGGAAUGGUCGAAUUCGAUAGAUCUUGGAACGAUUACGCAACAGGGUUCGGAUCACCGGUCAACGAAUUUUGGGUCGGAAAUGAAGCGCUGCACCGACUGACAAGAGAUAACUGCACGCGAUUGAGGAUUGAUCUCGUUGACAUCUACGGCGGGCACUGGAGGGCGGAAUACGAAUCGUUCAGGGUCGAUUCCGAUGAGGCCAACUACAGGCUCCAUGUUUCGGGCUACUCGGGAAAUGCUACAGACGCAUUGUCGUACCAGAAUGGAAUGGCUUUUAGUGCGAAGGACCGAGACUUGGAUAUAAGCUCAACUGACUGUGCUGCCAAUUAUCACGGCGGUUGGUGGUUCAGUCAUUGUCAGCACGCUAAUCUCAAUGGUAGAUAUUCUUUGGGACUCACGUGGUUUCAGUCACCCACUAACGAGUGGAUGGCUGUUGCAUCCUCGGAAAUGUCUAUACAACGUAAACAAGAAUGUUGAUACGUCCAGGUAUUCGGAGGCUGAUUUGUGUGCGGAAAUAAUACGAAAUCAUUAAUGUUGAACCAUGUCAGGACUUAAUUAAUAGUACUAUUGUAUCUAAUUGUAGCAAAAGACACUGCAAUCGAUACAAGAAACACGUUUUUUUUUAAUAAUAUAGUAGUAGGAGUUCACUAGAUCCAAUCAAUCAGCAAGUGGUGAUUCUCACCGCGCUUGAGAGAUUGUUUGCUUUUGAGUAAUUAUUCCAACACAUCGUGCCUAAAGAAUUUUUUCACUACCACUGA